UGCCGAAACAAAUAUUGAACGCUUUCGAAUACGCGAGCUAUUUCGAUUGUAAUGCGAGUGAAGAAGACAAUCUAUAUAAUCGCUGAUUGUCUAAGAGUAAUUUGCGAGCGGGCGCGAACAUAGACUUCAGAACGGUAACAGCCCUCGAUCUUUCAAGACAGCAUAAUGACCAGCAAUGACGAUAAAGACCGGUCGCUUUGCGAAAUCAGCAAGGACCACGAAACAUCCAUCAUCUCGCAGCUCGUUGAUAUUGGCAGCGAGCACAAUCAGCAAAGACACGCCAAGUUUCUCCCCUUUAUCAGCCGGCUCCAGUGUCUCGAGCUGAAAGGCGGAAGCACACAGCUGCGCCGCACGUCUAUCAACGCCUUCGACGAGGGAGAGUACGUCGCGCUAUCAUAUACCUGGCAGCAUUCAGAGUCCGAAGAUGAUCACAGCGGGCGGUACUUCGUCGAGGACUGGGAUGACAAGCGUCUCAAACCUUCGGCCGUUCGAAACUGCGUUUUUGAUCGCGUCCUCGGUUACAUGCGCCACGCCCAGGUUCAGUUCCUCUGGAUCGACGCCCACUGCAUCUGCCAAGAUACGCGCGGCGUUGCGGCCUGCGCCAUCCAUGACCGCUGCACUCAUAAGCGCGAUGCUCUCCCGGCCAUGGACCUCGUCUAUCAGCUCAGCAAGCACCCCGUUGCGUUGUUAGCCCGUCCGCUGCAGAGUAAAUCUGAGCUGGGCCUCCUCAAAGGCAUCCUCUCGGGAAAUUUCGUGUACGGCAGCCAUCCAUAUCGGCUCCCGCCAGCAAUUACUGUUAAUAAGGCGACAGCGGCCUUGCGGCUACUUCAUGAGAUCACCCGAGACCUUUGGUGGAGCCGCGCCUGGACUUUCCAGGAGAACUAUCGUGGCGGAAAGGAAAUGCGGCUGCUGAUCCGCCAUGACGGAUCACUAGAGCGGCAGAAGCUACAGCAUCAGAUAUUAUUUGGUGACAUGCCAGGCGAGCUAUGCAUACGGUCCAUCAAUUUCUCCAAGGAGGCGACGCGCCUGUGCCUGGCACUUGACAGGGUAAAUCUGUCGCCGGACGACAAGAGUCGGAUCGAACAUGUGAAGCGAGCGGCGGGGAGGUAUACCGAGCUGCUGCCCAAGUCAAGCGCCAUGACACCGACAAUAGUCGCUGAUAUUGAGAAGCGCGGGAUGGAAAAGCCAUGGGACCGGCUGGCCAUUGUUGCAAAUUGCUGUCAAUACACCACGCUAUUGGACUAUGAAGCUCUCAGCAAGCAGGGUUGUAGCUUGAGUUUGUCGGUGCUGGCCAUGUGUUUGCUCAACGGCGAGAUUCUCGACAAUAGCGACAGCAGCCCAGCGCCAGUGGCCUCGCUAACGACGUCGGCGUUUCUCGAGAGAAAACUGUUUAAAGCAUUCAGCGCGCCCGAGGAUGACACUAAGACGCUCACAUUUAAUAAGGGCUGCCGACUGACCGACGUGGAACUGACAGCGCAUGGCAUCUUGGCAAAGGGGCACUUGUGGAAGUUGGGCCGUGUCAUUAACACCAAGACAUUUGGGUGGAAACUGCCCUGGAUCAACAAGCCGAACGGUCGACUAGAACGGGAUCAACGAAGGCGUCUACUGCAGCUGGUUUACUGCUUGAAUGAUCUAGAACACUUUCCUCUUGCUGAACGCAUUGAUCAAUAUCUUGCCGACGAUGCGGAGUUUGACGCCAGUGAGGACUUCGGUUCCUUUACUGAGAUGUAUUUCCAUCACAUGGCUGACGAGUUGGCAUCAGCGAUUGAGGCAGGCCGAAAGCUGAGGCUGGGUAGCAUAUAUAACCCGACGGGACAGACGGAAUUCUACCGUGCAGUAUUUGUGUGGUCUGGUGAUGACGAAUAUGAAUAUGAGACUGAGUGCGAGGAUAAUGAUAUGAGUGAAUACGAAAAUGUAUACGAGGACGAGGUGCAGCUGCCGCCGGCGUAUGCCUUCACUUCGGCAUGGUUCCGAAACCCAGGCUCAGAGACUCACGACGCCAACGACAUCGACCGCCAUGUCUCGCUUGAGGUUAGCCGUAAGAAAUCUCCAUACGGCGACGGUUUCCAGCACCUCCGUGUCCGCAGGUGGCUGCUCGGCUUGUGCUUCUUCGAGGGAUGCCCCCGUACUGAAGUGGUGUUUCCCUGGCCGCGGGCGUUACAAGCGUGCAGUUAAGCCUUGAUAUUGAGCCCUGUUGAGAGCAGUAAAGAUUCAAGUUAAAAGGAUAAAGAAUCUUGCAGUCAGUUUAAAGCUACCCGCGACUGUCGGUAUCACGCUCACUAGUUAGCCAACAUUCUGUACUAGCAGAUUUCAUUAUAAAUGGAGCCUAGAUACGUAAUUUGACUACUACUGUAGAUGCUUUGUUAUGCUCUUUAAAAAAAAAAAAAAAAAAAAUCUUUCGUGGUUGAGUAUGGAUGAUUCCACGGUUCUUUGGUCAAUUGCUAGACUACCAAGAAUGUCUCGGGCUAUGAAACAUCAUCAACGAUGUAUACAGACCCGGCCGAAGUAGGUGUCUGCCUUCUUAACAAUAUACUAUUCAAAAGGGCCAAUGUUAGAUUAGAUGCAGAUAAUACAUACUGUUCAAAG